AUGAUUGUAACCAGAGAAAGUAUUAAUCCAUGUAUAUUGUGUAAUGUUCUUGCUCCAAUAUUUAUAUGUGGAUUUUUUAGUAAUAUUAUAUGUAUAAUAGUUUUUCUUCGUCAACGUUUUCGUACACGUUCAAUAAGUGUUUAUUUUAUUGCAUUAUUUUUUAAUGAUUGUAUACUUUUAUUUAUAUCACAUGUUGCUAAAAUGUUAAUGUUUGAUGCAUCAAAAUCUUGUUGGUUUAAUAUUUAUUUAUCAAAAUUUAUUGAUAUUAUACGUUAUGGUGAUUUAAUUGACCAUGGAAGUUUAUCGGUACUUACUUAUAAUACAACAUAUACACAAAUAUCAAUGCUUAUUUUCAUGUUUAUGUCUAUACAACGUGUACGAACAUUUUCUUCAAUAUCUUAUCGUGAAAGUCGUAUGUGUGCAUUUUUAUUAACAUUAAUUGCAUUUAUAUAUGGAAUUACGGUUUCUUUUAUGCAACUUUAUGAUGGAUUUUGUAUAAAAGAAUUAAAUUUAGAUCAAAAUCAAACUUUACAAAUUGAUUACUUGAUAGAUGAUACAAAAAAUGUGAUUGAUGAACAAUGUUCAAUAACAUUCAUUAAUAAUACAGUACUCAAUUUAACAGCACCAACAUUUCCUUUUAAUAUUAUUUCUCAUCAACGCUAUUUAACAUAUUCUAUAGCAAAUGAAUCGUUGAAUAGUAGUACUGAUUCGAUAUGUCAUUCAGACAAAGAUUGGCAUCGUAUACGUCAUCAGACGGUUGCAUAUGUUUAUCUUCAAUCUUACAUGUCAAUUGAUUGGCCAGACGAAUAUGCUAAUCGUUCCGAAUGUGAUGUAGAAGAGAUUCUACCGAAAUAUCUUCUUUUAGCUAUAGAUAAUAUAACACGACCAUUAUUACAAUCACGUCCUAGUAAAGACUAUUUCCUCGAACAUCAAUUUUGUGCUCAAAAAACACAUUUUAUUGAUUCAUACGCUAAUUGUUCAUUUCCUUUAUCAUCUAAAACUUUUAAAAAUUUGUAUCAAUUUUUAUAUGAUCGUCGUUUAUCAUUAAAAAAUCGUUAUACAAUUGGUUUUAUAAUUGGUACAUUUAUACCAUCAUCAAUAUGUAUAAUAUCAUCAUUUAUGUGUCUUUAUUAUAUAUCAAAUCAACCAUUAAUACGUAAACAUAGUCAUUCACGUGCUGAACUUCGUUCAUUAUCACUUAUAUUGGUUGAAAUUUUAUUAAGUUUAAUGAGUGCUUUACAAUCUUAUAUGAUUAAUUUUUUUACAUGUCAUCGUUUACUUUUUCGUAUGAAAUCAGAUAAUUGUUAUGGAGAAUCAAGUACUAAUAUUUUACCAAUAUUUCUUGGUAGUAUACUUGAAUUAUUUACAUCAACAUCAAAUAUUCUUGUACUUAUGAUUUGUGGAGCACAAUUUCGUGAUGAACUUAUUGAAAUUCUUCAUAUUAAAAAAUUAUUUCCAAAAAGAAAACAACAACAAUUUAAUGAUGAACAAAAUAAUAAUCGUAAAAAAUCCAGUAUAGCAGUACCUCUUCGUAUUAUAUUAACAUCAGCACCAUCAAAUAAUGAAAUAAAUAAAAAACCUAAUAUUAAUCAUGAUCCAUCGAUGGAUUCACUCAUAGUACCAGGUCAAAAUAAAGAUGAUAUUAGUAUGAUAGAUAAUGAACAACAAUCAGAUGAAACAACUCAAUAUCUAAUUAAAUUGACUACUGUUUAA